ACAGCGGUAUCCCUCAUAGAAGAAGAACUAGUAGUAGAAGUUCAACGCGUCUCACCCUGGAGAGUAAACACACACACCCGGACCAGCCACACGCUACAGGUUCAGGCUGUGCACGCGCAUUUCUGCCCUGUUUACUGUUGUUUUAUAGGUUUUAUUCGAUCAUCUACUGAGAUGAAAUGACAGUGAUCACUUAAUCCCCGUGCUUCUAGCACUACACGUCUGACUGGGCUAACCGACUGCCCUUAUUUUAGUCCUCAUUAACACCACUGCACUGCACAUUAUUUCUAACUCAACAUCUAAUGGAGGAAAGUGUCAGUGAAGAUCAUGGCAUCCGAAGCCAAAGUUCAGGCGCUUUACGGCAGAGGAGAUCAUGCGCGCGCACGGAGAAGGCGCGCGCACACGGCAGACCACACGUUCCCACUUCAGCCUCCUGCAGCCCGUCCUGUCUAAACGGAUCAUCUCCACAUGUCUCCAAACGCCUUCAUUAUCGCAGCAGUGCCGGCUCAGUGUGUCCUCUCCUCACAGUGCUGCUUCUGUCCGUGUGCACCCGCUUCUACAAGCUCACCGAGCCGCCGCACGUGUGCUGGGAUGAGACCCACUUUGGGAAGAUGGGCAGCUAUUAUAUUAACCGCACCUUUUUCUUUGACGUUCAUCCACCGCUUGGCAAGAUGCUGAUUGGCUUAGCAGGAUACCUGACAGGCUACGAUGGCACUUUUCCUUUCAUCAAACCAGGGGACAAAUAUGAGCAUCACAACUACUGGGGGAUGAGAGGGUUCUGCGCAGCACUCGGUUCCUGUCUGCCUCCUUUUGCUUUCUUGGUGGUCUGGGAGCUGUCUCGUUCUACUGCAGCUGCUCUCAUUGCAGCUUCCCUGCUCAUUUUCGACACUGGGUAUAUCACCCUCUCUCAGUACAUCCUGCUCGAUCCCAUCCUCAUGUUUUUUAUUAUGGGAGCUGUGCUGAGCAUGGUCAAAUUCAACCGACAAAGACUCAGACCCUUCAGCUGGUCCUGGUGGCUGUGGCUGCUUCUGACAGGAGUGAACCUUGCUGGCUCUCUGGGGGUGAAGUUUGUAGGGCUGUUUGUCAUCUUAUUAGUGGGCAUCAAUACUGCAUGGGACCUCUGGAAACUACUGGGGGAUGUUUGUCUCUCUCUGGUGCAUUUUGCCAAGCACUUGGCUGCUAGAGUGUUUGGGUUGAUAAUGAUCCCCUUGUUCCUGUACACUACAAUAUUUGCUGUCCAUUUUGUUAUAUUAAACAGAAGUGGUCCAGGAGACGGUUUCUUCAGCUCGGCUUUUCAGUCUCGCCUGAUUGGAAACAACCUGCACAACGCUACCAUGCCAGAGUACUUGGCGUAUGGCUCAGUAAUAACAGUGAAGAACCUGCGAAUAGCUGGAGGAUAUCUUCAUUCACACUGGCACCUGUAUCCAGAGGGGGUCGGAGCCCAACAACAACAGGUCACUGCUUAUCUGCACAAAGACUAUAAUAAUCUGUGGCUCGUCAAGAGACCUGAUGAUGAUGAUGAUGGUGAUCCCACAGGGACUCCUGAGCUUGUCCGACAUGGUGACAUCAUUCGGCUGGAGCACAAAGAGACCACUCGCAACCUGCACAGUCACCUUCAUGAGGCACCGCUGACUAAGAAGCACCUUCAAGUCACAGGAUAUGGCAUUAAUGGUACAGGGGAUCCCAAUGAUCUCUGGCAGGUGGAGGUGUGUGGAGGAAAGAAAGGUGACCCAGUGAAGGUGUUGCGCAGUAAAGUGCGCUUCCUGCAUCGUUCCACUGGCUGUGUGCUCUAUUCCUCAGGCAAGAUGCUCCCAAAGUGGGGCUGGGAACAGGUAGAGGUCACGUGUAGUCCAUACGUAAAGGAAACUCCAAACUCCCAGUGGAACAUUGAAGAUCAUAUCAACCCCAAAUUGCCCAACAUCAGUUUGUGUGUACUGAAGCCUUCCUUCCUGGAGAUCUUACUUGAAUCUCAUAUUGUCAUGAUCAGGGGAAACAGUGGCCUGAAACCUAAAGACAAUGAGGUUAACUCGAAACCUUGGCACUGGCCCAUCAACUAUCAGGGCUUGAGAUUUUCUGGAGUGAAUGAAACAGAGUACCGUGUGUAUCUCUUAGGGAACCCUGUGAUCUGGUGGCUGAAUCUGUUCGCUCUGGCUCUGUUUCUUGUCAUGGUGUGUCUGUAUUCUCUGGCUUUACAGAGAGGAGCUAAACUCGAGGGAGAGAGGAAAGCACGCUACCAGGUUCUUAUAGAAGGUGGUGGAAUGCUGUUCUUGGGCUGGCUGCUACACUACAUGCCCUUCUACAUCAUGGGCCGUAUUCUCUACUACCACCACUACUUCCCUGCCAUGCUCUUCAGCAGUAUGCUUACAGGAAUAACACUGGACACAUUUCUGCAGAAUGCUGACCUCCUGUUUAGUCUUGAUGUUUCGAAAUGUAUAUUAAGAGCAGGUCAGAUGGUGCUACUUUUUGGACUCCUCCACAGCUUCUACCUGUUCCACCCUCUGUCCUACGGCAUGAAGGGGCCGCUUGCUCACGAUCCUGCCUCCUCCAUGGCGGGACUCAGAUGGUUGGACUCCUGGGAAUUUUAAAGUGUUCUGUCAUGAUACAAAAUAUGGUGGGGCAAAAUAUAACUUAUUAACUAGUCUAGUGACUAGAGAGCUGCUAAAAUAGUGACAUUUCAUUAUCUUUUAGAACUUACGUGACGUUUCAUUUUAGGAGAUUGUUAUUAAAUAUAUUAGAACUUAUAAAUAAUGAGCAGUUUGAAAAAGCAUCAUUUGGUUCAUUUCAUUAGCACAGAGCUACGUUUCUCUUACAGCUUAGGGAAAUAUACAUUAGUAUGUUAUCAGUAUUGGAAAACAUUACUUAUGUUAUUUGACAUGAUUGUAGGAUAGUUGGAUGUACUUUAUAAUUAUUUCAGGUUUGACUGAAAUAAACGAUCACAUAAAGUGCCUUUUAGGGGAUGAAUAAAUAAAAAAGGAGUGAGAUUCAGUGAGAGAGUGGAUUAGAGCUGAAAGGGAGUUUCAUGGAAAUCUCACGAGCAUUUUCAGACUUGUACCUUAUGAUUUAAAGGUCUGAGUAUUCAUUUGUACUGUCUAGGGAGCGAGCAACAACUGGCAAAAUCCAAUCCUUGUAUCAGAUUGGAUUGUUAACCAGAUCAUUUUAAUGUAAAUAUUAAAUAUUUUUUACAAGAA